CAGUUGAAGCCAGCAUUCAUGAAGAGCGUGGAGAAGCAUUUUACUGAAGUUGUCAAUAGUUUGGUUGCAAAUUCGGUGCUGCUGGAAUCUUCCCCAGCUGCUUUUCCAGAGAAAGACAGUCACAAAAUCAAGGGAACAAGAGCCCCUCCAGAACAUGGAAAAGUUUUUAUUCCCAGAAAGUCUCUCUUGGAUGAGUUAUUUGAAGUGAAUCACAUCCGGACCAUCUACCACAUGUUUAUUGCUCUCCUCGUGUUGUUCAUCCUCAGCACACUCGUAGUGGACUUCAUUGACGAGGGAAGGCUUGUGCUAGAAUUUGAUUUCCUCGUUUACUCUUUUGGCAAAAUUUCCAUCGUCGUUCCAACUUGGCUUUGCAUGUUCCUCUCCACGUUACUUGUGCCCUACGCCCUCUUUGUCCAGUGGGCCCAGGGGUUCCAUAACUCCUCCCACAAGAUCAUCCGUUCCACUUUAUUUGGGGCACUGUUUGUGAUUUUCCAAACAGUUUGUCUUGGAUUUGGACCAACUUACAUUGUAUUGGCUUAUGAUCUACCGCCAGCCUCUCGAUUUAUAAUUAUACUCGAACAG